CAGGUGGGUAGAGCGGGAAAAUUGAGCAUUCAAACGGCAAUACCCGAAACCCUUCUUUUCUGAUAUCUCAUUUUCAUUCUGCAUUCAAAUGGAAGCUCCGCAUCUGAAGCUGGUAAUGCUUAAAGGUCCUCGACAAGGUGAAUCCUUCGAGUACCGUCCCGGAACCGCCGUCAAGAUUGGCCGUGUCGUCCGCGGCAACACCCUCACCGUCAAGGACGCCGGCAUCUCCACCAAACAUCUCUCCAUACUCACCGAAUCUGGCCAAUGGGUUCUCCGAGACCUCGAUUCCUCCAACGGCACCAUUAUCGACGCUGUCAAGAUCCCUCCCAACACCCCCUUCAACCUCUGCGACGGCGCCACCAUCAAGAUCGGAGAGCGUACUUCCAUCCACGUCGUCUUCGUCUACCAUCACAACAAAGCUUCGGCCGCCGUACCGCCCCAACCCAAGCGAAACCCCUCGCGUCGCUGUCGAUCCGCGAAAGCUGAGGUUCAGAGCGUUGAAGAGAACAGCGAUGAUGCUGAGGGAUCUGAAAUUGUGCCUUCACCCGAGAGUAAACGUGCGACCCGAAAUCCGAAGAACAAUAAACUCGGUGUUGCUGUUGAUAUUACAGUUUCGGAAUCGGGCGCUAUGGAUCUCGAUGCUCCGAUUGAGAAGCCGAAGAAGACCCGGGGUAGGAAAAAGAAGGUUGUGGUGGUGGAGGAAGCCGAAGAAAAACAAUAUGCUCCGAUUGAGAUUUCCGAGUCGACUGCAGUGAAUGCUGCUCCUGUAGAGAGCGUAGUGGUGGUGGAGGAACCGAAGAAGACUCGGUUGACCCGGAAUUCAAAUAAAAAGAAAAGUGUGGCUGAGGGUUCUGAUUUCAGUGCAGUGAAUGCUCCGUUAGAGAAUGUUGUGGUGGCAGAACCGAAGAAAAGCAUGCUAACCCGGAGUUCAAAGAAAAAAGGAGGCUUAAUUGAUGAGAUUACUGCUUCUGUUGUACCAGAAGAGAAGGUGAUGGUGGAGGAAUCCACAGAAACCUGGGUAAGCCAAGAUUCGAAGAAAGGGAAAAGCCCGAUUCUAAUUAGUCCUGCUCAAAACUCAGGAUUGGAGGUUAGAGUGGAGAAUGCUGAGCCAGAGGAAACAAUGGAUGGGGAUAAGAGUAAGGAAUUGGAGGAAGAAUGUGCUGCUCAAGCUUUUGAAAUGGAGCAGGAUGAUAAUGUUAAUGAGGUAGAGGAAGUUCGAGGUUCUGGAUUGGAGGGUGAUGAGAUUGAUGAUGGUGGUGGUAGUGGUGAAGAUGGAAACAGUGUGAAAGAGGGCGGCGAAGAUUGCAGCGUGCAGAAGGAGGAUGUGGAUUGGGCUGAUCUUGAGAAGAUGACUCUUGGUGAGUGGUUUGAUUUCUUGGAAGUUCAUUUGCCCAAACAGAUUAUUGAUGAAACAGAAGAGAUGAUAGAGUCCAUGAAAAGCAAAGCUGAGAGGCUCCGCGAGUAUAUUAUGCAGCACAAGACAGAGCAAAGAUAGCAAAAGUAAAAUCCCCCUGUAAUACAUAGCAUUAUCAUUAAGCAUAUGCUUUCAUUUUUUUUUCCUCCUUGAUUUCUCUAGUUAGUUCACUUGUUUGCUGUAAAUAUUAUUAAGAACUUUAAUGUUAAUCAGGAAAACAGAUGUGCUAUAUAGGGAU